AUGGCCGUGGUGGACCCGCGCCUGGUGGGAGCAUUCGAUGCACGUGAAUUGGAGUUGGUGAUCGCGGGCGCGCCCGAGCUCGACGUGGCGGACUGGCGAAGCAACACCGAGUACCGCGGCGGGUACCACGACGCCCAUCCCGUUAUACUGUGGUUCUGGCAGGCUAUAGACAGGUUCACCAACGAGCAACGCCUGCGACUGGUCCAGUUCGUGACCGGCACAUCUUCCAUCCCUUACGAGGGCUUCUCGGCCUUGCGAGGGUCCACGGGCCCGCGCCGCUUUUGUAUCGAACGUUGGGGCCGCGUGGAGUCGCUGCCUCGGGCCCACACCUGCUUCAACCGACUCGACCUGCCGCCUUAUCCCACGCCGCAUCUGUUAUACGAAAAGCUACUGCUGGCUGUCGAGGAAACUAACACCUUCGGGAUAGAGUAG